AUGGAAACAACAAACUACUCUAAUAAAAGCACCUACAAGGCGGUAGUCAUUUUUAUUGUCGUUAUUAUAUUAUUAUGUCAAUCUGUCGUCAGCAUUCCUGUACCCGAAAAUCAGUUGGAUGAGAAUAAAAUUGAAACUCCAUCAAUAUUCUUCGUACAGAAUCCCAACAUCAAUGAAAUUGUUAACACUCACCAGUUUGAUGAAAUUCCCUACAAGACCACGACUGACUUUCCGGCAGUCGAUGAUAUAACAAAAUUUUUCAAAGACAUCGGUGAUGCUAUAACCAAAUUUUUCGAAUUCAAUUUUGGUAUCAUUAUCGAAAUUGUUAUUGGAAUCGGAAUAUUUAUUUUAAUUUGUCUCUUUCCAACUAUUUUGGUCGGAAUAAUCCGAGCAAUAGGUUUUGGUGUUAAAGGAAUAAUUAAAGGAACCUGGGCUGCUAAAUGUAUGGCUGCGCAUUGUGGAUAUGUUGUUGCUGGAAGCCUUUGUUCUGUGUUGCAGAGUAUUGGUGCUAAGGGAAUAUCUGGGUUAGGAGGGUUGCUUAAAUUCCUGGGUUAA